GAUAGGCAUAAAAUCCACGAUUGGGUUGAAAAUGGCAUAAAACUCUUAAUAGCCUCAUCCUUCUAAACUUCCAAUCCCUCCUAAAAACUCUCUCCAACCAAACGGGCCGUAAGUCCCUAUGGUAGGGACUUAUAUUUUUGUGAGAGGGACUAAAGUUUAGCCCUACUUUAAUCCCUCCAACCAAACACCACUCUAGUACUCUGUAGGGCAAGUUGUGAUUUGAGGCUUUGAGCACCAUCUGAUUCCGUGGUUGGCAAUGGAGAUGGAGCUCCAGGGAGUCGAGCACGUCGUCGGACUGACCGUGGCGAGUUCGACUGAGGGAGAUGACAGUGGCAGCCACGGACGCGGACCAAAGCGUACCCGGCAUAAGUGGUGUCGACAAGGUCAUCCGUUUGCACGCCAAUCUAGAUCCACGAGAAGAAACGAGGCCACGCCUCCCGGCCGGGCCCCAUCCGCACAUUGUGGCGGCGCGCUCCAGGGCUCCAGCGACGAACGCCGUGGCCCGCAGCCGCGCGCAAUGGUCACCUCUCGGUUUGAUUUGCCCCAUUGUGGGGGGCGAUCGCGGAUCACCCGCCCGCACCACCGGACCGGAGGCGGCGCCCCUCUACGUCAUCCUCCGCCCCUCUGGUGCGUUGCUAACCUACAGGCCCGGGGACGGCGAGGGCGUCCUCACGGAGUCACGGCCACCCUCUCGAGGGCUCGACUCCCCCUGAUCAGGAAAUCUGAUGGCACGGUGAGAUCUCUAGCAUUGGGCGCUGCCGCUUGUGCCUGAAACCUGUUUGUUAAAAUGCGUCCGUGCGUCCGCGAGGCGGUUGAGGAUGUGCUUGCCUUCCCUGCACCCGUCUGGAGGAAAGUUAGUGCUCGCAUGGGUGGAUGUAACAUCACUUGCUCGUAUCAAGUGCUGGAGAAGUGGAAACGGUCUACACGAGCACAUAGCCCGGUCCUUCAUCUCAAGUGGUGCUAAUGCUUGUCUUGCCGUUUCGAGUGGAACCGGGAAUCCCUGCACCUGUUGGAUGUGAACUGCCCUAUACGCUGGGCUGGGUGGAUAUUUUUUUUAGGGUAGGCUAGGGUUUUGUGGUGUUGAUCUGAGAAGGAUGCCAGCAGUAUAAGGCAGUCACAAUGGUUCAUGUUAUUGGCACACCAAUGCAUGCCCAGUUGGUGGCUUGGAGCUGGAAUGAAUAUGACGCAUGUUUACCUGGUGCUCCUGUAACCAAAAAUCACAGUUCCUGGCUCUUUUGCGGCAGUGGCUGAGUGAUAUAUAAAGAGUGCUGCACAGACUGUGCAGAUAGUUGACAAUUGAUUGGCACGAAAGUGGAGAGGAAGAUAAAUACAAUGGUUGUCCACAAUACUUCUUUCUAAUGGUAUAUAUCUGCUGAUUACAUCUGUUGAUUACAUGUUCUAGAUUAGCUUAUCACAUGCUCAGAUAAGUUGGUUUUUGUUUAUCCCAAUACAGAGAACAUUUUUUUGAAUUUAUUAUUGCCUGGAAUAUUAGUGUUUGGGAACGUAAGCUGCCUCAAGAGUCAAGAUAGUUUUAGUGGUUUCAUGUUUUGUCUCUGCACUUAAACUGCAGAAUUACUAUGUUAUCCAGUUAUCCUCUUCAUAAGCAUAGGGUAAACUAGGAAACCCGGUUAAAGCUACAAGUCUUUGUCCAAAACCACCUACAUAUUGUGAUACACUAUAGAUUCCAUUGAAACUAUAUAUAUACAAGGGGAAGUAUAUAUACAAGGGGAAGUACUUACAUGUUUUAAAGUUUAAUGGAUCAUUUGCUCUGGUAUAUAACUUAUUAUGAUGGCUACAUAUUUCUUCCUUCGAAUGUAUAUCAUAUGUUUGCUUUUCUCCUAUUUGCUGCACCACUAUUGAUGGUUUUACCAGAUGAAAAUAAUUAUGCACUGUGCCUUCUACUGAGACAAAAGAACCUCCGGGAACAGAAACCGAAGAUUUGCACUAGAAAUACUCAUUGGCAGAUAUGUUCCAGAUAAGUGGUUUUUUGAAGCAUUUAAUAUGCUACGUCUGUAGAGGCCCCAAAUCAUGAAUACUUAGGAGAAUGGAGAUAAAGGCUGAACUUGCUAUUCCUUUUACUAGCCAAAAUCAUGCAGUGAUGUACUCCCAGUCUAAAAUAGAUGCCAUUUUGUCAAGUUGCUUCUCAUUUCCCUUGGUAAAAUUUUCCUCUAAAUGGCCCCUAUCGAAUUUUCAUUGGUAAAAAUAGUGGAAAUGCUAAUUAUGAUUCUUUUUUUCCCUUUUGGGUAUGCGUUGAAAGAAGUUGAUCUUUUUUGUUUUAUCAAAUUUUGUGUAACUCAUUGGUUUGCACUGGGUAUGCUUCUUGCAGAGAGUUAUGGUGUUGGAACAUGGUUGUGUCAUUCGCACUUAAUUGGUUUGUGUCUUGCAGAGAGUUGUGAUCUUUUGUAUUAGCUUAUCUUUUCCCUGAGCAAUUCUUUUGGACUCUCCUUGACUGCUCUAGACUGUUUAUAGAGAUCAUGUUUAGACUGUUUUGUGGUAAAGUACAGACCAAAUAACUAACAAUGUGGUCACAAAGAUAAAAAUAACUAUGACUUACCCUACAACUGCUCCCAUUUAUAAUAUACUGUUAUUUUUUAAAGAGUGCAAACUUAUGUUACUGACACCAUUGGAAGAGCACUGCAGUGUGCAAUAGAUUUUGAGAUCCUAUUUGCAGAACUAUAAAUCCUGACUUCAAUCCAAGUAUUCAACUUAGCCUUUGGCAGUAACAUUGAGCAUUUCACAACUAUGAAAAAUACAAAAAAAAUAAUGAGAUACAACUGUAAUAACCAUACAACCAAGGUUCUGAAAGCAAUGGCAGAAAAUUCCGACAUCCAGCUUAUCAGCUAACUGAACAUUUCCUUCGUCUUUACCAAUCUUAAGUCUAAUAGGACAGUUUCUAGACCUGCUAGGCUGCUGCGCAAAACUAACCGUUUGGACUUCAUCUCAAGAAAAAAGUUCUUUCAGUAUUUUAGGUGCAAACUUUUGCUUUUGUGUAUUAUCAAGAUAACAGAAGAAGUUCUGGAAGCAUGCCAGCUUUAUGAAGGAUGAAUAAUCUCUUUAACUACUAUUUAGUCAUUUGUUCAUUAUAGAUAUUAAAAGGAAGGUUAGAGAAAAUGGAACUUACAUUUUUGGGUGGUCAUAAAAUAUCACACAAGUUAUUUAGAAUGUUCAGGACCUACUUUAGCAGAGGUAGCAUGGUCUGAUGUGCAGUCCAAUCUUACUUUUGUUCUUUUUUAAAAGGAAGAUCUUUUUUACUUUUUAUAUUAGAUCAUUGUAAUGAAUGUAACUUUGGACCUUUGGUAUUUCUGCUUGUUGAAAGGGCAACCAUGGUUAGUGAGCUUCAUUCAAUCUCUGUUGGUGGUGAAUAGUGAUUCUUCCCUUGUUGUGUCAUGAAUGUUGUUUUUUUGUUAAAAAAAAGUUGUUUCCACCACAGGGUAACUGCUGAUUUUGCAAAAGUUGUUUAUACAGAGAAACAAACUAAUUCACCUUUUUACUAGGUUUUCCAAGAGGAAACUUAUUUAUUCACAAAAAUAACGGGUGGAUAUGGAUUCUCUGCUAAUCUCUCAUAUUUGCCUGUAGAAUGUUGCACCUGUGCACCAUGCACAGUACCCUUUUUCUUCUUGUUCACAUACAUCAUGUAAGAUGGUAGUUUCUUUUUCCUAUACCAAGUCUCAGAUCGUGCAAGUUCGGUACACUUCAGUUUCAUCUAUAGCAUGUAGAUAGUAGAAGGCCCCUAUACCAUAUUCCCUUUAUUAGUAACUUAGUUUUCUUUCCAUUUUACGGGUACAGCCAUAUUUCGUUCUAUUUCAUGCAUCCAAAGUAGUAGCCGGUCUCAGCAUCCUUUUCCUUCUUGAUGACGCUAAAGCUGAAUAUUGCGUCUGCUUGAGUGGCUCCAGGCCUCCGGUUCCAUAUCUCUUGCAAAUUCUGCAGGUCCGAUUGUGCCAAAAGGAAUGCCAAUUGUUCGGAGAACAUACAUCUUAGCUGCUGGAUUAUUGCUUGGCAUCAGGGCUGUGGGAAUCACUGACUACCUGGAGAUAACGAUUCCUCUGGCAUAUUUAUCUGUGGCAUGGCUUCAGCCAGUUGUAUCAAUUGCGUCAGAACAUGGGAAUGCUGAAUGCUCGAAUACCACCAAGGAAACUAGUUUCCAAUCGGGCAUGAGCAGAAUAUGUUCAGCAACCUCUAUAAUUCAAUGGAACAAGCAGAUGUCAUCGAUGCGUUGUCAAUACAUACUGGCUCCCCAACGGGAGACGACAUCUACCUGCCCAGUACAAUAAUUCUGCAUCUAUGCAAAUAUGCAAUAGUCCAUGUUGAAGCAUGCAAUAUUUCUAUCUGCUACCCCAUCAACCACGGGAAGCAUGUCAACUACGCCAGAAGCUGAGAGUUCGCUGUACCUACCAAGAUGAUCGAUCUUCUAUAACCAAAUUGGAGCGCAGAAUCUGAAUAUUUGCACGAAGGCGAGGGCGGACAUGACGCCCCAAAAGCGCGAUGGCGUCGAUGAUGCUUUCACUCUCCCUGCCGUGCCCAAUGGCAGAGCAAAUGCUGGAAAGGAGCGCACCACCGCCAGUACUGGCACUUUCCUCCACCUCGCACGAACAAAAGUCGCUGGAGCACAACACAAAGCGGCAGUAGCACCGGUGCCACUCUACACACACCCCGUACCGCGUGAUGGUCACCGUUGCCAUCUCCCAGGGAGGAGAAGGGCCAAAAGAAUAUUAAAGUAAACCAGAGGACGAAAGCGAAAGCAAAGGCAAAGCACGGGGCUUGCGCCCUGCGUCGCGUUGGAUUUGCAUGAAUCUUGCGUGCCCCGGGGAGGGGCCCCUCGGCCGGCCGGCAAGUUGCAGCCAGAGCUGGCUCUCGGCUUGUGGCUGGAGCCAAGGCAGCAGCACUGCCUUGUGUAAAUGAGCAGUACAUGGCAAUGGCCGCCAUGCAUUGUGGUUGUGGAGGCACAGAGGUAAAAGGCGAAGGCGAUUUAAAAAGAGCCGGGUGGUUAACAGUAGAGGAGACACCAAUCACUUCGUGGGAUUCAGAAUUCAGAGACUGGGUCAUGUGGCGCGCGCAGGCUGCAGCACCGGUGAGUUUUUCAGUCUAGUUUUCAGGUCAGCUUUCCACGCUCUGUCGUGGCCGGGCGAGACACCCCAUUCGCCGGCGCAGUCUAUUAUAAUCCGGUUAAUGCGAUCUCUGGCACUGAAACUGGACUCGCCUGAAAGUUGAAACUGCGCAAAAGAGCAGCAGACGAUGACUCGUGAAGGAGAAAGCGGAGAGUGGUCACCGGUCAGGUCAGGUGAUGCCUUAACGCGUGACGUGACCGAACUGGAAUUUCCCGACGAAGAGCUGAGUCCCCUGCGAGAGCUGAGUCAGAUACCACGCGAUGCAACAGAGCAAAGUGGCAUUGAGCCGCUGACACACUCACUUAUCUCCGGUCUGUGAUCUCCUAUUUCACCAUGCAUUCGGUCGGGAAUCGGGAUCGCCGACGGCGUCGGCGUUGAGAUACACUGACCUCCGGCUGAGGCUGGUCGGUGCGGCUUGCCGAACAAACAAUCAAGUGAAAGAUUCAUGCAGUGAAUUGUAUAGUCGCAUCGAUCAAGCAGAGCCUUUCGCUUUCUCUUUCUCGGAAAGCCCUUGUUUUAGUAGUAGUAGUAUGUCGCACUGUUAAUGAGCACCUCCUCUACAACUGUCUCGAGGCCGUCCUCUGUAACAGUGUCUGCCACUGCCCACCGGAGCUUUUGAGUGGAUCUGCUCGUCCGGAGAAGAGUCAUGUGGCCGUGUGCCCAAGCUGGGAAAUGAAUGAAUCUUGCAGCUGCUGCCUGCACAGUGUCCACCAACUGGAUGGUGCAAGUAUCUGGCCGUGGCUUUGCUUUAGAGUGAAAAGAGGACAGUGAGAAGGACUCGAGAUUAUUGGGGCAUGUGAUUCUUCUUACUGGGUGGACCUCCAACUCAUUCCCGACUACUGCGUGCCAGCCACUAUCAGGCAAGGGACAACCUUCAUUUCAUUUCCAGACGAGCUGAUUGACGAAUCAAUUGGACUCACUCUGCAACUGGCCAACUAACUGGAGCAGAGCUGCCCCUUUUGAACUCAGAUUCAGAGCAAGCCGAGGCUGGCUGGCAAGUAUCAUGAGGCGGAGUAUUUUAAGCCGAUCUGAUUAGUGGCAGGUGAACAAUUAAUAUAUUUUGGGUCGUAUGGAAAGUACACACAACAAUUAAGAGAGGGAGUCCACGGCGAGGCCGACCGAUCCCUAGCCGCGCUGUGGACACGGGAUUACCAUUUCCAGGUCUUUAUUGCUCCAGCGACGGCAUGCUUUCGUUCAGAUCGGUGAGAGCCUUAUCAAA